CACCACUAUCUGCAUUUCCAGAAAAUCUUUUGAAAAGCAUCUUUGGGUGAUCUGGUGCCGGCUGCUCACACUGAGAAUAUGAAGUUUGUUAUUCUUUGCCUUUUCGCAGUCUUCUGCAGUUCUUUGGCCAGGACAGUGCCCACAGAACACGUAUUAAAAGAAGUCCUGAGAAACUUGAAAUUGUUGAAACAAAGAGUGAAGUCAAACGAGCACAUGAUGAAUACUCCACCGAGGAACAUUGAGGACAGCUGCUGUCCGCUGCAAUGCUUCCAGGAUAAUCUGAGCAGUCUUUCGAAUGUCAUAACAGCAAGGAAACUUUCCAUGAGCCUCAACAGCACCAUCAUUGAGAAUGGAAUCUGCUCCUCUGGAAACAAUAAGAUGCUCCAAUGCACGGACUGUGACACGCAUCCGAAAAAAAGUGCACGGGAGUUUUUUGAUCGACUGGAGACUCUUGUUCAAAAGGCCAUAACCAGGGGCAAGAACUGAGAAGAGGUGGAGAUCUUCUUGUGACCGAGGAGGAAUAACUGUACAGAAGACACUACACAGAAAAGAUGCUCACAUGUUAAAGCCUUCUAAAUAUUUUAUUUAUUUAAUAUUUAUUUAAAAAGAGUUAGUGUUGAACCUACUUAAGCUCUGAAGAUUGUAUUCACAGGAAAGCUGCUUUGCCGCCACCUAGUGGUCAUGGCAGCGUGUAUUUCCUCAGUCUCUUUCACUCACAGUGAAAGUUCAUUUAUAUGCUGUAGUUCUCAAAGAAUAUUAACUAUGUGAAGUUUCUACUAUGUACGACUUUUUAUUUAACAAACUGUACCAUUUGAAGA